GCGGCUAGCUUGUUUUCUAUGAUAUUUGUAUAUGGUUUGACAUUUAUCCUGCGAUACAGAGGGAAAUUAUGAGAUAUUACAUAAAGAUAUAUUAGGUGAAAUACACGAUAAUGUUAAGAUUAAUUCUUGAUUAAGGGGCUGCCUGUUUAAGGAUACCGAGGCUUCUGGUGCCUAAGUGAGCGAGCAAAGGUCUAAACCAUGAGUCAAGGAAAGGAAAAUGCACGACUCCGGAGCUAUAAGAACAAAUCCCUUAACACAGAUGAGAUGAGGAGGAGGAGGGAGGAGGAAGGCCUGCAGCUACGCAAACAGAAGAAAGAUGAACAGCUGUUCAAACGGAGGAAUGUGGCCACAGUGGAGGACGACUGCACACUGGAGGAUGAUGGGAUGUCAGACAGUGGCUACCUGGAAUCCCAGGCCAAUAACAUGGAACAAAUCAUGGGUGGUGUUAUAUCCGAGGACAUGACCCAGAUGAUCUUCUCCAGCUCUCCAGAACAACAGCUUAUGGGAACGCAACGCUUCAGGAAGCUUUUGUCUAAAGAGCCCAACCCCCCCAUUGAUGAAGUCAUAGCCACACUUGGUGUAGUGGAGCGAUUUGUGGAGUUCCUGAAGAGAAAGGAGAACUGCACACUACAGUUUGAAGCAGCGUGGGUUUUGACAAACAUCGCCUCUGGCACAUCUCACCAGACGCGCGUGGUGAUCCAGGCUGGUGCUGUGCCCAUCUUCAUAGAGAUGCUUAGCUCUGACUUUGAGGAUGUCCAGGAGCAGGCGGUGUGGGCGUUGGGAAACAUUGCAGGAGAUAGCACAGAGUGCAGAGAUUAUGUGUUGGAUUGCAACAUCCUUCCCUCACUUGUACAGCUCUUGACCAAACAGAAUCGUUUGACUAUGAUGAGAAAUGCAGUGUGGGCUCUGUCUAACCUGUGCAGAGGCAAGAACCCACCUCCAGAUUUCAACAAGGUGUCACCAUGCCUCAGCGUUCUCUCCUGGCUACUCUUUGUGAAUGACACGGACAUUCUGGCUGAUGCAUGCUGGGCGCUCUCCUACCUGUCUGACGGGCCCAAUGAAAAGAUCCAAUCUGUUAUAGAUUCAGGCGUGUGCCGCAGACUGGUGGAGCUGCUACUACAUUCAGAUUAUAAGGUUGUCUCUCCCGCGCUUCGGGCUGUGGGGAACAUCGUCACAGGAGAUGACGUCCAGACACAGGUGAUCCUGAACUGUUCUGCUCUUCAGAGUCUCCUUCACCUGCUAUGUAGCCCUAAAGAGUCCAUUAAGAAAGAAGCCUGUUGGACAAUCUCCAACAUUACUGCUGGUAACCGGGCACAGAUACAGAUGGUUAUGGAUGCAGGUCUGCUUCCUCCUCUUAUCUCUAUCCUUCAAGUGGCUGAGUUUCGGACAAGGAAGGAGGCUGCAUGGGCCAUCACCAACGCAACGUCCGGGGGCUCUGCUGAGCAGAUCAGGAAUUUGGUGGAGCUGGGUUGUAUCAAGCCUCUCUGUGACCUUCUGACCUUGAUGGACUCCAAGAUUGUGCAGGUGGCACUGAAUGGCUUGGAGAACAUCCUCAGACUGGGAGAACUGGAGGCCAAGCGAGGAGGAGGAAUCAACCCGUACUGUGCCCUCAUCGAGGAAGCAUAUGGUCUCGAUAAGCUGGAGUUUCUGCAGGGCCACGAAAACCAGGAGAUCUAUCAGAAGGCAUUCGAUCUGAUCGAGCGCUACUUCAGCCCCGAUGACGAGGAUCCAGCCCUGGCCCCGGCUGUCGACCUGCAGCAGCAGCAGUUCCUUUUCCAGCAGUGCGAGGCUCCCAUGGAGGGCUUCCAGCUCUGAGCACCAGAAGAGCCACAGCGAAGAGAGUUCUUAAUAUAAGUAUAGAGAUGUUAAAGCGUGUCACAUUGCAAGAGCCUGUGUUGCUGGUCGACUUCCUUAACCUUCACCUUACCUGCUCCCUUCACAUCUGCUGUAACUGGUUUUGAAGAGCGAAUUCAGGAAUAUAGAGCCAGAUUGACCCUAAAAAUGACCACCAGUGCAGCUUUGGUACUGUUGAAAGACUCCCACAUAGCCUACCUUACAGUAAUUCCCACCACCGAACCCAGAAUAGAUCCUCCGUCCAACAUAAACAAGCAUUAAGACUAAACACUGCAUCCAGCUAAGCGUCUGUUAGAGGCUGGAUAUUGACUGCUUGUACGUAUGACCUUGCUGCAAUAUGGACGUCUUGGAGACAGAUGGCCUGUACGCGAUUGUUUUCUCAUUCGUUCAGAAACACUGGACUGACCGCGUGACUGUGGGUGCGCCUUGAAGUGCACGGACAAAUAUUUAAAAACAAAGAAGAAAAGAAGAAAAAACACCAACAGAAAGGCACAAUUUGGCCAGUCUGCUCUGAAGACUGAAAAGACUUCAGCAUUUUCUCUACUCCUGCUAUGAAGACUGCCGGCAAAAAGGCAACUGUUGCUGACUGACUGAGACCUGAUUCCAGACUGUGCCACUUAAUUGAAUAUCGAACUCGUUUGCUCUCAUUCUCAUGCAUUCGUACGACGAGUGUGCAGGCUUCCUUCAAUUACGUGUUUGCACCUUCUGGGAGGUGGAGUUUCCCUGCGCACUGAGACAAAGACAAACUUUUGUUCCCUUCCCCUCUUCGAGCCUGUGUGCCAGACGCUUCGGACUUAAAAGGACGAUUCCAUACGAUAACCAUCCUUUAUCAUCAGCAGCACUUUAUGUUCAGGAACACAAAUCGUUUGGUUCAAAUGGAAAUCGUUUUCCUUUCCAUACAGUACUUGGCUCUCCGCUCCUCAGGAAAUGAAACGAGAAAGGUGUGUGUGCUCGGUGCACGCCCCAGAUCGCAGGACGUUUCUUUACAGAACUGAACACACUAAAUAUUGGAGUGAAAUUUCAUGGCUGAUUAGCUUUGCCCUUCCGAAGCUUCCUCCACUACUCGGACUCAUAACAUUUAGCGAGCUGAAAUCUUAGCUUCCUAGUGUGUGACACACACACACACACACACACACACACACUUAACAUGACUGAUAUUACUGAUCACAGACCCAUGUUCAGAUAUCCUCAUAUAAUAUCAAUAUUAUCUAGAGUGACAUGAAGUAACAAAAAAAAAAUUCUUCACGUCUCAUUUUGGGGAUGGAAUCUGUUAGUACCAACUGUGCCAUAAUCCUUAUCUGAUAAUUAAGAUUUACAACCCAGCAGCAACUUAUAAAAGGCUACUUAAAAAGGCAAAAAUGAAUCCAAAUUGAGCUUGAGGCAUACUGGUGAUUUUGUUUGCUCAAAAGCUGCAAGAUUGUUUACUGGGUUUUCUUUUUUAAUGUCUGAUUCUCCGAGAAAGAGAGAGAGAGAGAGAGAGAGAGAGAGAGAGAUGACCAGCUCUUCAUUUUCAAUACUGCUGUUGUAUUGAGAUUGUGUAACUGUUCUCUGUUAAGCCAUUUGCAUAAAUGCUGUUUCAUGA